ACCAUUGACCUCGCAUCCCUACAAAGCCGGGACGGAGCACGCCGGGUUCUCACCGGACCAGGCUCUCACAUGACCAAGCGGGAAGCGCCGUACGUUUCGAUCAUGGCUACGGAAGUGAUUGAGGUUACGACAAGCAUUCUCAAGAUCGGUGAGGAUAUUCCAUUUGUGGGUGGUCUCUGCACAGCGGUGCUCAAUGCCAAGGAUAUGGUAGACAAGGCCAGUGACAACCAAGCCAAGCUGGAGAAGCUUUGCGAGAGGUGCUGCGGGAUCACGGUGCAAGUGGUCGAGAAGCUCAAGGGUCCGACGCCCCUGAUGGUCAACGUCUCUCCCCUCGAAGAUUGUGUCAAAGAGCUCGAGGAAGUGGCCGAACGCUACGGCAAAAAAAGUUGCUGCACCCGGCUAACGCAUUUCCAAAAAGACGACGAAGACAUCCGAGAUCUGGAAAAGAGAAUCAGCACCGCAAUUGACGAUCUUACAGCCGCAGGGGUCGUGGAAGUGGGGAACCUCAUGCAGCAGCAAGUAGGGGAGAUUUUGGCUCGCCUGCAACCACGACCCAAGCUAGCACCUGUGCCGCCGGGCGUACCGAUGGGCCAGUCAUGGCACACCAUGCGCGAUGGGGUGGUGGACAGAGUGUACGAUAUCCUCGGUGGGGAUGGAGGGCCAGCAGUGGCGGCACUAGGGGGGCGGAGCGGCGCGGGCAAAACCACAGCCGCCGCCGCCAUGGUGGGAGAACGGCAGGGCCCGAUCCACCCCCUUGCUCGAGAGAAUGAGGAACAGGCAGGUACGCGCCUGGAUCGCCUAAGGGCGCGCUUUUCUGACGGUGUGGUGUGGCUGCGGGUGGGCAAGGGGGCAGGGGUCGCAGACCGCUUACCACUUCUGAUGCGCAAGUUGGCCAAGGCGCUCCACGAGGAAGUGCUGAAAUCUUAUGUCGAUGGUCCAGGUAUUGGCGAGGACGGCGAGAGCUACGUGAAGAAAAUUGUGGAGCAGGAGUCGCUGAAGUGCCGUGUGGUGGCCGACGAUGUGUGGGAGCCGCCAGUGGUCGAGAAGUUGAGGGAGACGGGCAUGUGGAUUCUCCUGACCGCCCGAAACCCCUCCAUGGUCGAGCCCAACGAGAGGGUGUUCGUCGACAGGCUGGAAAAGAUGGAGGCGCAGAAUGUGCUACGAGGCGCGGCUAGGCUGCCGCCCGGCCAAAGCUUGUGUGAUGUCGCGAUGAAAGUAUUGGAGGUAUGUGGCUAUGUGGCGAUGGACAUCGCCUUCGUGGGGAGCUGGAGCUCUGUGCGUACCGUAGACAACUGCGCACCCAAGAGCAGCAGGGCGUGGGCGGGUGUUGUGGCAGAAAUCACGGCCCAGAUGGAUGACGUAAGGGGUCAUGCGCAAUUUUGA